AAUAAAUUAGAAACGCCGUCGUUCCAGCUGAGUAGCUACCGGAGAAAGAGAUCUCGAUCCGAUACGGGUCCGUGAAAAACCAGAGAUUGGGAAGCAGAUCAGCUCCCGAUCUCCAGCAAUGGCGAUCGUUCAAUUCUUCGUCUUCUUUCUCUUUCCCGCCUUUUCUUCUUCCCUUUUCGCUAUCUCCGAAACGGCUACGAUUUCUGAGAACGACAGCUUCCGAGAUUUGCAGCAAAUCAAGCUCAAGAUCGCUCACUUAGAGUCGAAACAUGAGGAAAUUAUCCGGAAUCUGAAUGAAAAAGGACUUCACAUUGAAGAACAGGACAAACUUGUUGAGCAACUGUCUCAUAAGAUCCAGCUUUUGGAGUCUACUGUCUCGAAUUUUCAGAGCAACGAAAGGAUUAAGGCAUUGGAAGAAAAAAUUAAGGCAUUGGAAGAAGAGGUGCAACAACUCUGGGCUUCUUCAAGAAAGAACAACUUCGAUAUUCAUGUUUUAAAGUCUAAAUCAUAUGAGGCUCAGGAAAAAUUGAAAAUGGUUGCCUCUAAAGCUGAGAAGAUGGCUGACAUUGUUACAGAACAAUGGAUUCAAAUUCAGCAACUUGAGCAGGCUCUUCAUAUUGCUGAAAGGCGGACUUUGAAAGCUAGGAGGAGCUUAAUUUACUCUAGAUGCUCUUUCUUGAGGUUCAUAAACAAACUAUUGGGCGGCCAUCUUCAAAACGGGCUUGACGUACUAGACCCUUAUAUACUUCAGUCUAAAAGAGUCUUUGCGGUGGCUAAAGAGUAUCACCAUGAGUUACAACGCUUCAUCAAACACGAAAUGGAGAAGAACAAAUUUACCGCUGCUCUUGCCAAUUGGGAAUUGGUAUUUUUCAUGGCUUCUGCUUUAGUUACUUUCCCAAUAUUUAGUGCUUGGGUGCUACUCUCCUCACGGCUGCACUAGCUUGGAUUAUGUCAAAAGCUUUAAAGAGGGAUACUUGCAACGAGUGAUUGCUGGCUGAUGUAAUUGUAUAGCUAUACUGGUUGAAAAUUAUGAUCUCAACCACUGUGAUAGGUUUACUUAUUCAAGCUUGACCUAGCAUUCUUCUGCUGCUGCAAUAUAUGGAUCUAGAAUCUUCACUAGUUAAAUUUGUACUAGAAGCUAUAGAUAUCAUGCAUGAAUUAGUUUUGUUUGCCCCUUUUGUAUUGACUUUUGAGCUUUGAUUGAUACCAUUAUGGCAGCUUAACCACUUUACUAA